CCGAGGACGCAGGCCUCCCCCAGCAGCCCUGUCCCCCAGCCCCUGUGGCCGUGUUUCUUAAAUGUGCCUUUUUCUCCCUCUUUCCACAUACUCUCAGCACCUUGCAGAACAAGGAGUAGUCUGUGGGCUCCGAGCACGUGGCAGGUACCUCAGAAGCUCCGAGAGCCCGCGGGAGAGGGGAGCGGCUGCCGCCCGUGUUGGGGAUGGACAAUGGGAUGUUCUCGAGCUCUGUCAUGGUCAAGAACCUCCUGCUCUUCUGUGUCUCCAUGAACCUGGCCGGUCGCCUGGGCUUUUCGCAGAUGCCAGCCGGCUCGGUAAAGGAUGACAACAUCACCAUCUUCACCCGGAUCUUGGACGGGCUCUUGGAUGGCUACGACAACAGGCUGCGGCCGGGGCUCGGGGAGCGCAUCACGCAGGUGAGGACGGACAUCUACGUGACCAGCUUCGGCCCCGUACGGGCACCCUGGUGUGAUUGUUUCCACGCCCUGCGGACUUGCAUCAUUCGUGGGAAACGCGGCUGUGAACGGCUUAAGCUCAAGGCCGGACUCUGUCAUUUAGUCGCCAGGAGGCCUCGCUUGACCAUCUCUGCGGAGUGUCCGAUGCAGCUUGAGGACUUCCCGAUGGACGCCCACGCCUGCCCCCUGAAGUUUGGCAGCUACGCGUACCCCAACUCCGAGGUUGUCUACGUUUGGACCAACGACACCACCAAGUCGGUGGUGGUGGCGGAAGACGGCUCCCGGCUGAACCAGUACCACCUGAUGGGGCAGACGGUGGGCACGGAGAACAUCACCACCAGCACGGGUGAGUACACCAUCAUGACGGCUCAUUUCCACCUGAAGAGGAAGAUCGGCUACUUUGUCAUCCAGACCUACCUGCCCUGCAUCAUGACCGUGAUCCUGUCGCAGGUCUCCUUUUGGCUGAACCGGGAGUCCGUCCCCGCCAGGACAGUGUUCGGGGUGACCACGGUGCUGACCAUGACCACGCUCAGCAUCAGCGCCCGGAACUCGCUGCCCAAGGUGGCCUACGCCACGGCCAUGGACUGGUUCAUCGCCGUGUGCUACGCCUUCGUGUUCUCCGCGCUCAUCGAGUUCGCCACCGUCAACUACUUCACCAAGCGGGGCUGGGCCUGGGACGGCAAGAAGGCCCUGGAAGCUGCCAAGAUCAAGAAAAAGCAGCGUGAGCUCACACUCAGUAAGUCAACGAACGCCUAUACCACCGGGAGGAUGACCCACGCCCCCAACAUCCCGCAGGAGCCGGCCCCGGGCACCUCCGGCGGGGCCGCCGCCUCCGCAAACCCUCCCGAGGACAAGCCCCCCGAGAGCAGAAAGACUUACAACAGCAUCAGCAAGAUCGACAAGAUGUCCCGAAUUGUAUUCCCCGUCCUGUUCGGCACCUUCAACCUGGUUUACUGGGCGACGUAUUUGAACAGGGAGCCCGUGAUUAAGGGGGCCUCGCCUCCGAAGUGACCCGCCUCGCCCCCCGCGGCCAGGGGCCCGACUCCCCGAGGCGCGGCGCCCGGGCCCGGGCCAGAGGCACUGCCCCCCUGGGGACGGCCGUUCGGGAAACGUUUGCAUGUUUAAUACUAUGUACAAAUACUAUUGCCUUGAUGUUUCUACAUGUAACGUCAGAUGUUUCGGAGGUGUUGCGUGGAUGGCCAACUGAAGAACUCUCUAGAAAACCCGAACGGCUCUGACGCUCAGACGCUCGGUAUCUGACAUCGAUAGUUUACAAACAAGAUACGUCUAUUUUUAACUGUUCCAAGGGUUACCUAACGCGGUUUUUUUUAUACUUCCGAUGUCAUUUCAUACAAAGUUUCCCAGCAGAGAAAUAUUUUAGGAAAUGCUCACGGUUAUUACUUGACCAAAUCUUUGCAAGAAACAAACAAAAAACAAACACAAAGAGCACAUUUUCAUUCAAAAGGAGACUGUGAGCGUUUAUGUACCAAACGAAUCGCCUUUGAUAAUUCUUACUCUUCAGAAAUUAGCGUCCUGCAUGAUCUCACUUUACAAAAUAGACUAGCCAAAUAUUUAUGCAAAUUUAAUGACAGAACAUGCGGUGUGUUAGGUCCACAGAUAAAUGAUUUCCCCCGGGGAAAAAAAAAAUUCACUGCUUAAAAAAUCUUUUUGGGGGGCGCGAGGGGGGAAGAAACGUAUUCCCUGUUCUUCAGCCGCCCCCCCACUAGCUGAACGGUGACCGAGGCCGAAGAGACGUGAAGCCGGAGAGUGGCGGGAGCGCAGUUUGGCGUUUGGCCUGUGUCCGCUGUCUCAAGCUCCGACCACCUCGCUGCAGCCAGUGUGACGCUUCCGUGGUGAGAAACCGUCGCCGAGUCCCCUCCCGUUUUAUCUCCUCGUGCGUGUCUCAUGGUUGACGUAUUGCUCUGUUAGCUUUUGUACAUGAGCCUUAAAUGUUCGUUAAAAAAUAAAAAGGAACUCAUCUUGCGGA